AUGGACUUGUACAUGAUGAACUGUGAGCUCUUGGCGACAUGCAGUGCUUUGGGGUACUUGGAGGGGGACACAUACCACAAGGAGCCAGACUGCCAUGAAACUGUGAAGGACCUGAUUCGGUACCUUCGGCGAGAAGAUGAAACUCGAGACAUCAGACAGCAGCUGGGCGCAAGUCAGAUCGUACAGACGGACCUCAUCCCGAUUAUCAAGCAGUAUCACGAUGACAAGGCGCUCUUCGAAACCAUCAUCAGGUUGUUGGUUAACCUUACCCAGCCGGCCAUCGUGUGCUUCGGGAAGGUUCCUAAGGACAAGAUGUUCAGACACUACUUCUUAGACGUGGUGUCUUACCUACAGGGGUACAAGGUGGCGUUUGCAGAUGGAGAAGUCUGGACAGUCCUUAGCAGAAAACUGUACGAGCUUCUUCAGCUGGAUUGGGAGAAUCGGCAGGAGGAAGACUCCCUGCUGAUAGAACGGAUGCUCCUAUUGGUCAGGAACAUCCUCCAUGUUCCGGCUGACCCAGAAGAGGAAAAGCGCACAGAUGAUGACGCGAGUGUGCAUGACCAAGUGCUGUGGUAA